CAAAGCACUCAAACUUUGCCAAAUCUGAUACCCUACUCUCCUCUUCCAAGCAGCGAGGCAGAUUGCCGAAGCGAUCUAGGAAUCCGGACAGAGCUAGAAGUCUGCAAUCAACUUUAGAUAUCCUUCAAAGGUUAUUUAUUUAUUUAUUUUUUUCUAAAAUUUUAGCCUAUGGCAUCCCCCAAUUCUGAAGAUGAAGACGAACUCUUGUCGAGGAAUUUCACGGAGAAACUGAGCUCGGCCUCACGCAAACCGAAGAAAGACAUCCCGGCGACGAUCUUUCGAGUUCCUGAGAACAUCCGCAGAACCAAUCUCGAGUCUUUUGAGCCAAAGAUGGUCUCCCUCGGCCCAUACCACCGCGAAAAUCAACGCUUUAAAGCAACGAAUGAAAGGAUCAAAUUGCCCUAUGCCACCAAUUUUUUCAGGCGGCUCACAACCGGCGGCAUGGACGUGAAUCUAGUGCCGCUCAUGGUCAAGAUAAUCAAGCAUAAGGAGUCGGAUUUACGUUGUGCCUACUCGGAGGAGAUCCGCAUGAACAGCAAUGAUUUCGUGGAGAUGAUGAUGCUCGACUUCGCUUUCAUGGUCGAGUUUCUAUGGGAGCAAGCGGGGGGGAAUAGAACGCAGAUGGGAGAGUACUCGUGGAAGUGGGCAGCUCCAUCGAUUAUCAACGAUAUGUUGGUUGUCGAAAACCAGUUCCCUCUUCCUCCCCUUCUUUUUCUCUUCUACGCGUACACGGCUGAUUUGCAUCGCCAUGAUACUUUUUCAACGGAAUUCACGAAAUUCCUCUGUCAUCCUUUCAUGCUGAAAAUUCACCAUGACCUCUCUCCGACCUCGACCAGCUUCACCUUGACCUCGAGCGCUAGAAGCUUCGAAAAUAGUAGUCAUUUGCUCCAUCUUUUCCAUUCAAGUCUUGUUAGCGUGCUGCGGGAAAAGGCAAUUACCCGCCUUGACGUCGUCGACUUAUCUUCCUUCCCCAGUGCAGAGAUGCUCCACGCAAUGAGAAUACAGUUUGCAAAUAAAACCGAUGGCAGUAGCUUCUUGGACAUCACUUUCGACAGUAGCAAGAGAUCCAUGCAGAUUCCUCAACUCGUCAUCAACGAUGAUAACGUCUCCCUCCUUCGAAACCUCAUCGCUUUCGAGCAGCAAUGCCAUUGGAUCUACAACUACAUCUCCACUUACGUUUGGUUCAUGGACUGCUUGAUAAACACGGGAAAGGAUGUGGCCGUGCUCCGGAAACAUAAGAUCAUCGUCAGCCGCUUGUACAGCGACGAAGAAGUGGCUCACAUUUUCAACGAGCUCCGAAGGACGAAUGCCCCUGUCGUCGACUUCGACCAGUUCUAUCUUGCAGAGGUAAUAAACAAUGUGGAGAGGUACCGCAAAAACAAGUCUACCAGACUCUGGGCACUAUGGAAUUUCUCAUGGUUGAGGCAAAACUAUUUCAAGAAUCGGUGGGUGACUAUCGGUGUCUUUGCAAUUGUUUUAUUCAACCUUCUCAUUUUUGUGCUCACUUUGGUGCAGACUGUAUAUGCUAUUCGCAGUUACGCCAAGCAGUGAAAGUAUGUAUACUGUGAAGAAUAAUGAUGCCCGGCCAUUGAUUUUAAUUAAUAAAGGUUUAACGUAUAAAUAAUAUUAUCAUAUUUGUUUAUAAUGGUGUUUUCCAUAAUAAAAUAUCUCAUUGGAGGGAGUUUUACUAUAAAA